GAAGGUGGAUGGGUUUUAUUAUUGCUGGGAUGGGUGAGCCUGUCUGACCUCUUUUUGUAAAAUUUUCAUUCAAGUUCAACAAAGUGGAACCUGGUUUGAACUUGUGUAGUCAGUGGUUUAAGAAGUAGCGGCAUCAGUUUGCUGAGUGUGGGACUUCUGAAGCUUUCCAAGGAGUAUAUCGUAAACAUUGAAGUCUUUCAGUAUGGCCACUCCCACCUUGUACCAUGCACCCUCAUCGUUCUUCUCACAAAGGGCAAGACUUGCAUUUGAAGAGAAGAAGUUAAAGUACAGGAGUGUAGAAAUUGCCAUCAUGGCACAGGAGCAACUGCAGCCUUGGUACGCACGUAUACACCCCUUAAUGACUGUUCCAGGUCUAGCCUUAGACACCGGAACGCAUUUCAUCGACUCUGAAUCUAUCAUAGGCUAUCUGGAUCAAAUCACCCCAGAAUUGCCUCCAUUGUUCCUUAGUGAAAAGAUGCCUGAGGGUCAGAAAUGCAAUCAUUAUCUUCGCCUGUUCAAGACGAUUCCUAUAGAAUUUAUUACUUUUGGGACUUUCAUGGACAUGCAGUACUCCCAGGGGACUAAGCUGGGAAUGAAGCCUGCUUUCAUUUUAAAGCAAAUUCAUGCCUCGAUAGAGGUUUGCCAACGUUACUCCGAGAAGUAUAAAGACUUAAGGUACGAGUAUCUCAACAAAGCCACCGCCCUCACAACGAGAUUAGAAGUUAUCAAGGAUACCAGUACCCUAAAAGACCACCUCGACCAUGUGGAGAAAAUCCUGACGGAGAUAGAUGAAGAGUUGGGAAAAAAUGCUAAAGAAUGUCAAGAUCUGCAAGAGGACCAGAAACCAUGGUUGUGCGGCGGACACUUUAAUGUCGCAGACAUCUACUUGGCAACUAUUCUUCACCGUCUGUCCUUCGUUGGCUACUCCAAUUUCUGGAGCAACGGAAACCGUCCUCAAAUUGAACAGUAUUAUCAUCGGGUGCUGCAGAGGGACAGCUUCCGUAGAAGCUGCUUGCUCGCCAAUGACACAUUCUGGGCAGUAAAGUGGCCCACAAUGAAGUACAAGUUAAAAUGCCUUCUACCGAAGUUUCUUGGAACAACAGCUGUUGCAUCCGCUGUUAUUGUUGGUGCUUAUAUUUAUUUCAAGAGGCAUUAAAUUAUUUUCAGCUCUUGUUCAGUCAUUCCGAAUUUCUCCUGCAAGGUUUCAAAUUUUGCCAUACUUGUACUUACCAUUUUUAAACUCAUUUAUUUUUAAAUCUUUUAUGUAGAUGCUUUUGGUAUAAAAAGAUCACAUUUGGUAGAAAUUUUUGAAUACUUUCACAUGUAAGUUGUUAAUGUAAUGAUCACUUGGUGAUUUAAUUGGUGUUCAGAACACAAAAGAUUUAAUGCCAGUCGACUGUGAGUAGACUUCUAUUUUAUACUUUUACCGAUUUAGGACUUUUAUAUAAUUACAAACUGCCUGGUGGUGGGAAAAACAUGUAGCUGUUAUUUUGUUCACAAUAUCGAAACAAAUCAUGUUUGUUGAUCUACUGCUCUAGUUUUGAUGAUAUCGAACAAGGUAGCUAAAAUAAUUGUAGAAAAAUUAAAAAGGUUGCCAAAAGAUGGACAUGCCAUCAUUUCAA